AUGGAAAGCCCGUACAACACGUCGUCCAUGUUGGUGCUGCGGGGGUUUGACAUCCCCCCCGAGGGCGCGGUGCCCGCCUUCCUCUUCGCCAGCCUCAGCUACAUGAUCAUCCUGUUCUGCAACCUGCUCCUCAUCUUCACCAUCGUGCUGAACAAGAGCCUGCGCAGGCCCAUGUACCUGCUCCUGCUCAACAUGCCCGUCAACGACCUGCUGGGCUCGUCGGCCUUCUUCCUGCAGCUCAUCAAGGAGCUCGCCAGCGAAAGCGGGCGCGUGUGGCACCCGUCGUGCGUGGCGCAGGCCUUCUUCAUCCACAUCUACGCGUCGGGCACCGUGCUGAUCCUCAGCGCCAUGGCGUACGACCGCUACCUGGCUAUCUGCCUGCCGCUCAAGUACCACGCGGUGAUGACCAACGGCCACGUGGUGAGGAUCAUCGCCGCCAUAUGGCUGGCAUCCCUGCUGAUGAUCGGAGCGCUCUUCUUCCUGCUGCUGCGUCUUCCCCGCUGCCGCUCCACCAUCCACAACGUCUACUGCGACAACCCGUCCCUGCUGUCCCUGGUGUGCGCCGACACGACCGUCAACCACGCGUACGGCCUGUUCGUCGUGGCCGUCACCCAGCUGCUGGCCAACGGCGUCAUAGUAUUCACGUACUUGCGCAUCCUCGUGGCGUGCUUCCGGAGCCGCCAGGCCAACACCAAGGCCAAAGCGCUGCAGACGUGCGCCACGCACCUCUUCGUCUUCCUGCUGCUGGAGUUUCUGGGGCUGUUCACCAUCAUCUCCUACAGAGUCAAGCACAUACCGCCCACGUUUAGGCGGUUCAUGGGCUCCUCCACUCUGGUUUUCCCGCCGUCGCUCAACCCCAUCAUCUACGGGAUCAAGACGAAAGAGAUCCGGGACAAUCUAGUGCACUUUUUUAGGAGUAGAAUCACCAAGUCCUGUGUCAGGCUGCUCCGUUCCUCACGUUAA